CCGGGCAGCUGGAAAGCGCACAGCAGGACAUGGAGCUUUAACUCCUUCCCUCCUUUCGCAUGGAGAUCUAACUUUUCUCUCUCCCCCAAAAAAAGUCCUGGAGAGACCCCCUUCCUCCCCCCCACCCCCCUGGGCCCCUGACCCCAUCCAGCCACUCCCGCCCACCCUGCCUCGCCGCUCUUCUCCCGGGUUCCAUGCGUCGGGAGCGCCAUGGCCGCUCCGAGCGCGCAGCAGCAGAACCAGAACCAGGAUUACUUCCGAUCUGUGAGCAGCGAGUCCACCACCUACAUGAUGGUUCCGGCCGGCGGACCCGGCGCAGGACGCAGGGAAGCGCCCUCCAAGAUGUGGGUGGCCCUGGUGGUGGUCGUGGUGGUGGUGCUGCAGGUUGCCUCCACCACCGGACUCUUUGUCUACCUGAACAUGUCCAUAUCGCAGGUGCGCAGUCAAGGUGUUACAGAGGAGCUCAAGUGCCUGAGUCUACUCAACGCUCUGGACCAGGACAUCCCUGACCAGCUGGCCCAGGUCCUGGGAGAACCCUGCAUUAAGCUGGCCGAGGGCAUCAAAGCCUACAUCUCCAAGGUGACUGAGAACAUCAUAUCUAAGCAAACCUUCAUGGUGGCCAGGACCAUGCCUCGCACUUUCAACAACUCGGGGUCAAAGUUCAUGAGCUCAGUGGUCCAAAGGCCAUCGGCUCACUUGACACUCCGAGACACCAGCUCGCAAGACUACCCUAAGCCCGGUCUCCACCAGUCUUGCCGCCACGUGGUGCGCUCAUGGGCCAAUCAAAGCUUGGGCGCUCACCUGCACAACAUGACCUUAACCAACGGGAGGCUCCGAGUGCCCCAGGACGGGCGCUACUACCUCUACUCGCAGGUCUACUUCCGUUACCCGUCCCCCGCUGCCGGGGAUGCGGACCAGCGCAGCGUCAGCCACCAGCUGGUGCAAUGUGUCUACAAAAAGACGUCGUACCCGAGCCCUAUUCAGCUUCUGAAAGGGGUGGGCACCAAGUGUUGGGCGCCCGACGCCGAGUACGCUCUUCACUCCGUCUACCAAGGGGGACUAUUUGAGCUGAGAGCGGGCGACGAAGUGUUCGUCUCUGUAUCGUCGCCGACGAUGUUGAACGCCGACGAUUCGUCCAGCUACUUCGGCGCCUUCCGACUGGACCUGUGAGCGUGUCGAUAAAGCCUGGAGGUUUAGUUGGUCUGUCUGGAAGGGUAUGCAGAGAGACUCCACGAGAAGACAAGGAAAAGGACAAUUCCGAGGUUUCUCCUUUGAGCCAACGCAAACUACUAAGGGGCAGAACGAGGACCGUGCUGCUGUUCUACAUUUUUAUCCGCCGGGAUUCCUUCGUUUUUUUUAUCAUUAUGAAUCUGCUAUUGUUUUGCAAGGGAAUCCUAAGAUUUGGACUCCAGACCGAAGAAUGUACAGACAAUAAAAAGGCAACGUUGAAGGAAUGCGGAGCAAAUAAGUGCCAUGAGGAUUGUGUUCAUACAAAUAUGUGACGAAGGAUGAAAGGUGGAGACUUUAUAAUUGUAUUUUUGCCUUGGGAUGGACAAAGGCCACCUGCUGAAGACCACACCAACACAGGUAGUCAACUUUGAAGUGAGGGCAGCGUGGAGCAGGACGAUGGUCGGGAGAGCAGACUGAGCCAGACAAGCGAAGGAUAAAAAGGCGGGAAAAGAUAGAGGCCGAAGCUGUUUAGCCACUUUUUUCUAUUUUGACUUCUUCACUUUCACAUUUAAACAAACAAUCCGGUCUUUCCUGUGGAACCUGCGAAGCCGACACUUGCGUCCAAGGCUUUGACAUGGGAACAUUUGCACAACAUUUUAAAAGUUGGCCUCAAACUGACUUUACGUUUACUUUUGAUACACAAUGCUAAAAAGUUCCAUUUGAACAUACAAAGUUUGGAGACUUUCCAAUAAAGAAAGAAAUGUCUUAAAUAUAA